GUGAACCUAGUACUUACCAGCCUUUUGUCUGAUUGCUUAACCACGACACAACUGAGGCUGGUUCAUAUACGUAUACAUACAUAAAUUAUACAUAUACAUAUAUACAUGCGCUUACAGUAGUAUUCAUAUCCAUGCAAAUGUGUAUUGAUUCUUUGGUUUUCUUUAUUCAAAUGUGUUCAAAUAACAUGUAACUAUGUCCAAACUACCUUCUUCUUUUUUUUUUUAUCUUCUUCAGGACACGACGCCCGAUAUAUGUAUCGAUAUGACUAGACACUCCAUACAGCAUGACGAUGUCCUAUCAAUGUAUAUUCUAUAGAACGUGCUAACUAUCUAUAUACCAUGUCCGAGCAACUGGACAGUUUCGUAGAGCAAAUGCUAAUUCCUGUAUUCGGUAUAGAUACAGAAUUAAUGUGGAACCAGUUUUUUGAAAAUGAUGUGGUACUGUCGCAACAACAACUCAACAGUGCCAAAGCCUUAUACAAGGAACUAAAAGAGAAAGUUCUAAAUGGACUCAAUUCAGACAGAUGUGGGAAAUGGGAUUCCAUAAAUGCUGGUUCAAUAUUUGAUCAAACGAAGGUUGACGAGCCAGAUGAAUUUGAUUGCUUAUUGGUCCCUAGGAUACCAUCUGGAUAUAUUAAAGCAGAAUACGAAAGCGCCCCACCUGGAUUUUGUUAUAUCCGUGUCCUUGAAGAAAACUGUUUCACAGAGUUUUGCGAAAGAGGUUACCUGAGUUCAAAGAAAUGGCGCGACCAUUUUACAUCAAGGCUGAAGGAAAUCGUCACAGGAAUCAAUAACUGGGAAUGUUUACCAUCAUACGAUGGGUCGGCGGCAGUUCCUGUAAGCUGCCGUACACGUUCCACGAAUGACAUUGAUGUAGACCUGGUGCCAGCUCUGCACGUGUUGUCCUGGCCGUCUCGUGCUCGAUCCCGUGAUGAAAUUGACAAGAUCAUUCCAUCAGAUGGUCUCCAAGGCCAUCACGUCGUAGCUAAGGCGUACAAGGAAAACGGUAUUAUUACACUUUGA